AUGACAUUGAAGGUUGCUGUGUCAGAGGAAAGCGUCAUUCCAGAAGGUUGUGAUUCAGCGGUCGACCCGGUGUUGGAUGACAGCACAGAGAAGAACCUGGAGAUUGAGUUGAAGAAUCAGUCAGAGGUGAAACAGCUCCAGUGUGAACAGUGCGGAGAGACCUUCACCUACGCUAACAAUCUGAGAAGGCACAGGAAAAACUUUCACAGUGAUGGCAUUUCGCACGGAUGUCCUGAUUGCGGAGAGACUUUCUGCAGUAAAAGCUUGCUCAGAGCCCAUCGGAAAGUCCACAAAGUCCAAAAACCCCACGUCUGCGUCCUGUGCGAGAAACGGUUCCAUCGUCCGAAUCACCUGAAAAACCACAUGGCCAGUCACUCCGACGAGAGACCGUUCAGUUGCUCCGUGUGCGAGAAGACUUUUUUCCUCUCCAGUAUCUUAAAAGCCCACCAGAAGACUCACAGCGGGGAAAAACCGUUCGCCUGUAAGGAGUGCGGGGCAAGUUUUCUCACAAAAUCGUAUCUGGAUUACCACCAGAGAGUCCACACGGGAGAAAAGCCCCACAGUUGCUCUCAUUGUGGAAAGAGCUUUGCCCAAAAGAGCAACCUCAGAGCCCAUGAGAGGAUUCACACCAAAGAGAAGCCUUUCAAAUGUGAGGUUUGCGGAGAGAGCUUCAUCCACGCCAACAGCUACAAAUCGCACAAGCAGCUGCACACGGGUAUCCGCGCCUACUGCUGCGAGAUCUGUGGUAAGGGUUUCAGGAGAGGAACGCAUCUGAAGACGCACCUUCUGACUCACUCUGGAGACAAACCGUUUUCAUGUGACGUGUGUGGAAAAAGAUUCCCUUUUAAAUCGGUUCUGAAGUCACAUCAGUUCAUUCACACUGGAGCAAAGAACUAUCCUUGUGAGGUGUGCUGUAAGAGUUUUCGACAAGCGAAUUCUCUGGCGAAACACCGUCUUACUCACACGGGGGAAAAACCCCAUAAAUGUGAUCGGUGUAACAAGUCUUUCCGGCAAAGGAGCCAUCUUAAGACUCACCAGUGGACUCAUGUUGCUAAGAACAAAGAUCCCUCUGAACUUGAAACCAAGUAA